UUCACAUAGACCGGUCGUCAUUCUUUGGAUUCACAUUGGGUCGCUUUCCUGUUGUGUCUCAUUCUCAAAAUUUUCCUGUCGGUAAACGUAUGGAUUUUUUUUCUGUGAAAAUACGAAAUAAGAGAUUUGUGAUCGGCCGAGUGCGUAGCGAGUACGUAUAUGUGGCGAAUUCUCUACGAGGUAUUCCGAAGUAUUGAAAAAUUAAACAUGAAACGUACAACAAUGGUGUUUCUGAUUUUCGUGGUCUUACUAAUCGGAGGUGAUGUUUUCCUGAUCUACAGUUAGGCGAGAGAGCGCGCGAGCAAUCGAUCAAUCAGCCAAUCUCGUCGUCCGAUCACGUGCAACCGAUUCUUACAGAGGUGAAAAAGACCAUGGAAAAGAUGUCGAGAUCUAACGCGACGACAUCAUUCACAACGCGACUUACAACGCACGAAUCGACAACUGUUGCGACGAGAACAACGACAACGAAUACACCGAGUACUGCAUCGACGACGAAUGUCGUGAUAGCUUCGACUGCAUCCACCACAAAUGCAUCGACAAGUGCAACAAGCGCAUCACUUUCGUCGAGCACCAUUUCUUCAUCGAGUGUUACAGCGGUUAAGUCACAAACGACAGAAUCAACCUUGGAAACGAAUGCAACGACAAAUUCAUAUAUGACGACCACGAUGACUACGGUAAAGGAAUCGAAGAGCGAAACCAUGCCAAUAGAUACAACGAUUACGAAAAAUACGGCAAUCUCUACGAGGGAUUCAUCGUGGAUGAAAGAGUCCACCAUCGAGACGCCGACUAGUAUAUCGAAAGUUCCGAAAACUACGAGCGAGCAAAUCAUCACUGAGGCCGAAACCACGGAAGUUAUCACAACUGAAGUAACAACUAACACGGACACGACACCGCAUGCAACUGUCAUUCCUUGCAAAGAAUUCAAUUAUGUCGCGAGAGACGCGAACACUGGAGUGGCGUGCGUUCAGGCUAACAUGACAAUUCAAAUCAAUCUGCAAUACAUGACGAAUUAUUAUCGAACAAAUGAGGCUGCUUUAACAGUUCCAAGAAAAGCAAAAACCAGUGGUAUCUGUGGUGAAAAAACUGCAGAGAUUACUUUGAGCUGGAAAGACGCCGUCGAAAAUCAAGCCGAUGUUAAGGAAAAUAAAAUCACUUUUCGCUAUUCUCACGACGAUAGCACAUACUUCCUCGACUCCACUUCCGUCGAUGUGCAUUUGGACAACAAUAACUUCCCGAAUGCGCAACAUAAGAGAAUAAGAGAGGAUACAAUGGGCAGACACUUGCGAUUGUUCUCCACAUCAAUGAAGCACAGAGUAUAUAUACGUAGAUUAGGAGCCGAAAUAAACGUUGGAGAUUGGGUGAACGUUCUUAUUUCCAAUAUCAGCUUAAUCGCAUUUGCUAGCUGCUCUGAAGCUAAUAGUUCGAGAGCAGGUGGUGACAUCGGGGAAAAUGUUAAUAAUGACGUGAUAGCUGGCGUAAUAAUUGGUACUAUUAUUCUGAUUUUGAUCAUCUUCUUUUUAAUAUGGUGCAAGAAGAAAAAAAACGCCGCCAUCAAAAACUUUAACAUCAAGCUCUUUAUUGGAUCAUCUUUCUAUCUAUCAUAAAAGUGGUAUUCAAAUAAGAAAAUAAUUUGAAUAUCACAAAUCUUCUUCAAAUGGUUAAAUAUCACCAAUCAAUCUUUACAUUUAAAAGUGUUCAUGCUUUAAAAAGAAUAUUUGCGAUUCCUUUUCUAUUGUUUAUCUCACAAUAAAUUAACGAAGCGCUUGGCGAUCCGUAAAUUAGGUAUUCUUCUCUGCGUUUUUUAAAUAAAUUGUCGAUG